GAGUCCAAUAACUUCUCCGCGUUGGAGGUUUUUGCUCUGGGUGCUGACGCCUUAAAAAAGUCUCUCGUUCACCUUUAUCUCCCCCGCGAAUUCUACCCCACAUUGUCUGAUUAAAAGGUCAAUUGCAUCGAUAAGAUCACGCAAGACAAGGGAAGACGCAAAUUCUCGGGCGGGAAGCGCUCCCACAUCAAGCCGACACCAUGCGGCCACACACCCCCUCUCUGGACACUGCUCACGUAGUAGCCGCGGCCGCAGGACCUACUUCACCGCCAGAGACGCCCACCACUGGAUCUCCCAAGGUCCACCGAAAAAAAGCAGCAUUAAACGGCCGCCCGCAGCGGCAUUCAAAGGCUCACAGCCACCAAGACCACCCAGCUAACAUCCGGCCGCUGGGUGGGACUAAAUUCAGCUAUACUCGAGCGCCGAGGCCCGAGGAGAUAUCACCUCGUUCCUCGCAUUCAUCCGACGAUGAAUCUGAUUCAUCUGCAAGCCCCCCGCAGUCACCACUGUCGGACGUACCAAAGCUGCGCCACCAACACGUGGAGCAGCCAAGUUUAAUCCAGAUCGAACAAGCAACAUUUUCCAUUGAAGAGUUAAGCGACGACUGUUCGCUUAACAGCGGGUAUGAUCAUAUGGAUGUUCUUCGGCCGUAUGCUUUUGAGUAUGCGAAUUCGGAUCGGAGUCGGUCAAGAUCCCGGCCUCGGCCUCCACCGGACAUGGAUCCGGCUGUAAUGGAGGGUAUCGAGAAUUUAAACACUUUUGAAGACUCAGAUGGAGAUAUCGACCGCGAUGAUGAAGAAUUCAUACGGCAACUCCAAAAAACACGCGAGGAACGUCGCCUUAGAAGGAUGAAAUCGGGAAGUCUUAGCAAGCGAACAGUAAGCGAGCGAGGCAGUGAUUCUGAUAGAGAAGACGUCCUUCCUUACUAUGAAGGAAACGAGACGGGCCCAACCCGUCGGAUGCGGCGAAAAGUUGGUGACCGAAUUAGUAUCCAAUUCACGGGCCCGCUUCCCGAACGAAUUGAGGAGCUCAAAGAGCCGAACAGCGACGACGAAAUCAUUUUAGAUGAUGCCGAGAUUUUCGCGAGAGAGUUGCCAUAUUGGACUCUAAUGGACGUUGAUUCCGAAUAAGACCAACUUCAUACGUUACAAAAAUAUAC